AUGUCGAGUGGCCGAAGCAUAUGGAAUCACUCCGUGAAAUACUGGCAGGAAAGCGAAUACGGUCAAGACUGGCGCUUCUGCAAGUUCCCCUAUCAUGACCUCCUUGGUAGCAAAAUUCUCGGCAGCCUAUGGACUAAUUCAACAUGGAAGGAUGUGUUGCGGCUAAGCGACAUCACUUGGCUGCGCGACCAUCUUCUCGGAGACAGCGUCAUCUUCCCCGCGGCGGGCUACAUUGCUAUGGCCAUCGAAGCCAUCUACCAGAAGACGUAUGCAACUGGGCAGAUCCCCGAGAGGAUAUCCAUCUCUGAACUCCCUUUCAAACUGCGCAACGUGACAUUCCCCCGGAUGCUCACACUGGACACAAAAAGCGGUACCAAGAUCCUAUUGUCGUUGCCACUGUGCUCUAGCACUAAGGAGUCAUGGCACGAGUUCACGGUCAGCACAAUCACAAAGGAUGGCUCAAUUGAAGAACACUGCCGAGGCCUUAUAUUGCACCUUUGCAACACCCGGUCUCAAGACGCCGUAUGGUACAAGGCCAUGCGUCGGGUUGGCUACCACUUCGGCCUUGCCUUCCAGCCCUGCCAGCAAGUCGAGGCCAAGGCGGACUCGGCGUCGGUGCCGGGCGUGAUUUAA